AUGCCAGUUUUAAGCCGCUGGGACCGAAAGUCUGUGUCUCAACUGGUGCAACAUUAUCAAAGCUGUUCUGACUUGAGAUGCAUUGGAAAAUACGACGAAACACAGGAUGCUGACCUUGUGGAUGGCAGAUGGAGGGGGGUCAUUAUGGACAGCUCCAGAGUGGGUUUGUCCCGAAGCCAGUCCAUGGACGCCCUGCCUCAGAGGGGAGUGUGCAGCACAAAAGCUCUGUGUGCUCUGUUUGAGUCAAAGAGCUCGAUGCACGGUGGCUCCAGCCUGCAGCACCUGACCAUAGCAUCAGAGGGAGCUCUACAAGACUGGAAAAAACAGAAACAGAACCAAAUUUAUCAAGUAUGUAAACCAAGAAAGAUGAAAAGACAUAAAAGCAAUAAAGACUUUAGACACAGAGGAGAUACAAGCACACAGAGCCCUAAAGACUCAAGCGUAUCCACACUAAGAGAACUUCGACAGGCCUCAUUCAAAGAUAAUAAUAGUGGAUCAGUUAAGGGGUCACCAAUCCAAGGCAGAAACCGAAUACCCACUUCCUCUUCUGUGAGAGAGCGCUCCGCUCUGUAUCUCUCCUGCUCAACAGACACCCCAGGAGGCUCAGAGCAGUCUGAAUCCACUGGUUCUACACAAGGAAAAAAGCCCAGAGUCAAGAAGAUGGAUGUUGUAGACGGGACCGUCACUGUUUCACACACAACAUGUGGCGAUGAUGACCUUCCCCCUCCUCCUCCUCCACCGCCUGUCCCUCCCAGGCCCCUCGACUAUGAUGGGCCUUCUUCUGGAAGCCCCCUCCCUCCGCCCCCACCAAAAGAAACAUUCUCCACAUAUUACCAACAGCGACAGAAAAGUGAGCUAAAGAGACUGUUCAAGCACAUCCACCCUGACCUCAGAGCCAGCCUGGAUGACGUAGCUGAAGAAGACCUGAUGAGGGCCGUUCAGACAGAAACCUCUCAGACUGCAGAGGGUUCGUACCAGGCUGAAGUCCAGUCCAUGAGGUGGAUCUUUGAGAACUGGACAUUGGACAACAUUGGGGAUCCUCAUGGAACCAAGAAGCUGCUUGAUGAGGAGGAUUUAACAGGAGGGGAUGUCAGAGGCACCACAUCUAAGUUUGAGCACACUAACUUGAGCCAGCCAUGCACUCAAAGACAGGCCUCAGUCUGCGGUGAUGUGCGGACAUCAGCAUGGCUCUUUGAAACACAGCCGCUGUCUGCUCUCAGUAAAUCUAGUGAUGGGAGUGAGUUGGUGGAGGCAGUUCUUAAGGAGCCCAUUCAAGCCGGUGAUGUGAAAGGUAAUCGACUCCUGUUUGAAUCUACACCGCUUGGUGACUUGGGACGCUGCAACUCAGUAGAAGACCACAGCUUUCUGAAACUGAAAUCUGAGCUGCAGGAACAAAAAGGAGACGUCCAGAAGACUGUGAAAUUGUUCCAAGCGGGUCCCAACUGUGCCAUAAAAGACAAGCGUGGCAAUUUCCACAGAAUCAAAUCUAUCUGCAGAGAGGAGAUCAACAGCAGUGACAUCAGCACUGCACGCUGGCUGUUUGAGACACAACCCUUAGAUCUGAUCAAUAAAGACACUGACAAAGUCAAAAUUAUCCGGGGGAUUUCACUGGAGGAAGGUCAAAUCGGAGGAGUUGGGAAAAAGAGGUGGAUGUUUGAGACACAGCCCAUUGACACAAUACAUGAGAUGAUGGGAGGAGACAAGUUUGAGGGGACAGUAGUUGACUGUGAAACUGAUGCUGAUGUUGUCAAUAAAACCAAACUCUUUGAGACAAAUCCCUUAUCAGCACUAAAGGGAGAUUCUGCAGAGAAAACUCCGGAAAAAGAUGAAAUUAUUGGUGGAGAUGUAAAAUCAUCACUUUGGCUCUUUGAGACUCAGCCCAUGGAGACUCUACAUGACAAUUAUGAAAUUGGACAAUUGCAGAAAAUCACACUGUCACCUGAAGAACAAGGAGAAGUUAAGGGCAAGAAACAUAUUUUUGAGAGCUGCAGUACACAAACCAAAGUCAUGACCAAAGAACAGGAGAUUGAGAAAGGAGAUGUGAAAACAUUCAAACAUCUCUUUGAAACAAUCCCCCUCAGUAAAAUAGCCCGUUCAGUGGAACAUGUUGAAAAUAAAGAAACAAAGACUGAAGCAGGAAAUGUCCAAGAAAACAAAGAGUUAUUUGAAAGAAGUAAUCUGUACGCAAUAAAAGACAGCUCUGGAAAUUUGCACAAGGUGACUGCCAUCAGUCGAGAGGAAUCCAUCAAAGGCCAAGUCCAAAACUAUAAGUGGCUGUUUGAGACCAAGCCUUUGGAUGAGCAGGCAGAAAAAAAGGGAACCGUUGAAGUCAUUAAAGGUAUUACCAGACAGGAAGACACAAUGGGUGAUGUCAAGACAGCAAAGUGGCUUUUUGAGACACAAACCAUUGAUGGGAUCCAUAUGAAGUUUAACCAGCCAAACCAAUCAUCAGCACAUGAAGAGCAGCGUAAAGGUGAUGUCAAAACCUGUAAGUGGUUAUUCGAAACCCAUCCUCUGGACCUACUAUAUGACAAAAGUGAAAAGGCUACAGAAAAAGAAGCCAUUGAUAGCACUGAUGUAAAAUCCAUUACCUGGAUGUUUGAAUCACAACCAUUAGACAGUAUCAAGGAUGGUGAGCAAUAUAACCUCAAGCUUUGUAGUACAAUUCAGGACACUGUGAAACCUGAACUUGGUGUUCAAACAGUAAAACAUCUUUUUGAAACUGAAACAUUAGACAGAAUACAAAAAGAUGCGUGUCCAGAAGUGUUACAUUGCGUUAGCCAGGUUGACCUUCAGUCAGGGGAUGUUUCAAGGGUCAAAGAACUGUUUGAAUCCCAGUCACUUGAUGAAAUCGGGCUAGAAAUGACAUCAUUAGACUCUCAAAAUCAUGACGAAUCCAUUGAGAAAGGCUCUGUGCAUAAAGUUACCUGGCUAUUUGACAACUGUCCAUUGAACAAGAUCAACAAGGACAAUAAAGAGGAGACCAUCCAGAAAGUCGGUGAUGCCGAAUUUGGAGAUGUCAAGCACAAGAAAUUUAUAUUUGAAACCUCAUCACUGGACAAGAUUCAUGAAGAAGAACUAGAACAAAGAUCUGAGGUUGUGAAGCCAACCAGCAGCAUCGAUGUCAAGACGAGUACCAUGAUGUUUGAGUCCACUCCCUUGUAUGCCAUCAGAGACAAAGAAGGGCAGUUUCAUGAGGUUACAACAGUGAAAAAGGAAGAAGUUCUGAGUGGAGACGUAAGAGGUGCACGGUGGAUGUUUGAGACAAAGCCACUUGAUGCUAUAAAAGCUGAAAAUGAGGUCUAUGUCAUUCGCGCUGUCACCCAAGAAGAUGUUGAAAAAGGAGAUGUCAAAUCUGCAAGGUGGAAGUUUGAAACACAACCUCUGGACACUCUUACCGAGAAGGACACACCCACUGUUAAAGACUUUGAAGAGUUCGGGAGUGGCAAUGUCAAGCAGAAUAAACAGAUAUUUGAAUCCAACCAAGCCUCCAAGAAGGUAAAGCGAAUGGUAAGUGUCACAGAUGUCCAGAGUGGAGAUGUUAGAACCUCAACUUGGCUAUUUGAAAACCAGUCUAUUGAUAGUCUCAAGGGGGAGUCUGAGGAGCAAAGCCAAGUUCAAACAGUUCACAGAGAAGACAGUCAAAAAGGAGAUGUCAAGCGCUGCACUUGGUUGUUUGAGUCUCAGCCUCUGGACAAGAUAAAGGAGCAAGAAAGUUCUUCAGCAGAAUGUGUUGUGGCUGAAAUACCCAAGUCUGAUGUUAAAUGCACUACAUGGCUCUUUGAAACCACACCACUGGACAAAAUAACUGCUACUAAUGUUGUGGAUACCCUGUCCUACCUGCAUGAUCUUAACUUUGUCCAUUCAAGUGGCAUCAUAAUUGAAGGAAAAGACAGUCAAAAUGUCAGUAUGGCCAAGUAUUGCACUGAAAGUAACAGAAAUGUUCAAAUCCACAAAGAAGAGACAGUUGGAGGUAAUAUUAGAAACAUAAUUAUACAAUUGCUCCACAAACCUACGCUAAAGCCUCAGAUUACCCUAUUAAGAGAGGUAGAGAAAGGCAACGUGAAGACUACAGUGCUCGAGCUUCCUGUCUACCAGUCCAGUUCAAUUGGUUUUGAGAAAGAUCAGAGAAUACAAAAUAUUGUCCAGAGGAUUGAUGAACUACUCAGCCAAGACAAGACUUUUAAAAGAGGACUUAUAAUGCAAGAGACUGUGGAAGGGCAAGCAGAGAUGUCUGUUUAUUCCCUCCUACAUCAUUGUGCAACUAAAACAGAUGUCAAAAUUGAAAAGGGUGAUGUCAAGUCCACUAUUGGGAAUCUGCUAGCCACAGCUAAUGAGAGCAGAACAGCAAUAUCAUACAGAGUUGACAAGAAUGAAAAGGGAAAUGUGAAUUUAUACAAAAGAUGCAUUGAGGAAGGAGACCUAAAGAGUCUUCAUGCUGAGGAUUUAGAAGAUGAAGUUGAUAACUGUCACAUGUCACAAGAACAAAUUGAAAUUGUACAAGGUGAUGUGAAGGAAGCAAAGAGAAGUCUAUGUCAGCAAAAAGAACAAGUAGAGCGGACUGUUUCGGACGUCUUACCUGGAGAUGUAAAAAAUACCAAAAAGGUGUUUUCAUCCGAAACCAGUUUAAAUGUUGAAAACUUUAUCCCAAAGGAUGAAAUCAUUCCUGGAGAUGUCCUGAUGGCAAAACAACAACUUGCAGUAAAACAGCAGAGUUCUGUGGAAAAAGAGGAAAUUGUCAGUGGUGACAUUAAAGCAGCGAUGCAGUCUUUAGAACGAGCGAAGCAGCAAAGUAUGACCAUUGAGCGAGAGAUGAUCAAACCUGGGACUAUCUAUGAUAUGGACUUGUCAGGCCCAGAUAUGGAAUCAGAAACCAAACAGAUCCAAAAAGAAGUCAUAAUUUCUGGGGAUGUUAAAGCUGCUAAAAAGUCACUUGAAAUGGCAAAGCAGCAAAGUAUGAAUGUUGAAAGAGAAGUUGUUGUUCCAGGCAAGAUAUACAAUCUGAACGUAUCAACUCAAGAGGAACCCUCUACAACGACAUCAUCAACUUCCUCCUCAAGAUGUCAGCAAGUCAAGACUUACCCUAAGGUCAGUGACUUAGUAAAACACAGAGAAAACAAUGCCUCCUUUGAGGCCUAUGAACACAACUCAGUUGUAGUCAGUAAUGGUAUAGAAACAUUAUCCAAAUAUGAGUGUAAUGGUCAUGCUAAUGAGGAUGAAACAGGAGAGGUUAUCAGAGGUGAUAUCAAAGCAGCUAUAAGGUCUCUGCAAAGUGCAGUUUCAGAGCAGAAAUCUACAGAUAAAGAGGACAUUGUUAAAGGCAAUGUGCAAUUGGCUUUGCAGUCUCUUGAAAGAUCUAGUGUAAAUGUUUCCAAGGGAGAUUAUAAAGCUGCUAUGAUAUACAGGAAUUCAGGAAGGAGCAAGACAGUUACCAAACCAUGUGUUGAGAUGCCAGUGCCACCAUCUGACACAAAACUGUCUCCUUCAAUUUCAGUAACCCAUGAAGAGGCUUCAACCACUGCACCAUCCAUCUCGGUAGACAAAGGAAACUUUCAGUUGUCCAGCUGCACAAAUACUGCUUCAGCACUUGCACCUUCAUCUGAAAAAACACACAAUGAGAAGCCAGCAUUGCCACCAAAACCCCAGUGGACAAAAUAUGUUUUGAUGGAAGAAGAAAAGCCUUCCUCUGAUACAAUCUGUUCACCAACAAAUAAUGUAAAGAAUGCUGGCACAUUUCCAAGUCCAACGUACUGCCAGAGCGAAGCUGCACCAGUAAUGGAUGAAGUAAUGAACACCCAAGAAAUCAAAGUUAGUUCACCACAAAUUUCAGAUGAAUCCUCAGGAUUACCAAAUGUAAUUGAAAUGGAACGAAAUGUUACACAGAAAAUAAAUGCUGCAGAAGAAAUUCAAAUGUGCAUGAAGAAAUAUGCAGAAGAAGGCAACCAUGAGACCAACCUCAGUGUGAAAGCAGCUUUACAGAACUUUGAAAGAAAAGAUGCCAAAAGAGGUUCAGUAUUGUGUAAAAUGGUGAAAGUAACUGUUCCCAAAGAUACAGACUCUUUUCCAGAACCAAACUUUCCACCAAGUCUUGAAACCCAUACAAUGAGUACUCAUGUUGCCUGCAAUGAAAAACAAGAACAACAAGAUCCUGUUCAAAAGGUUGUUUUGAGGGAGAAGAAGGUUAGAGAGACUGAAGAGCAGAGACGACAGAGAUUAUCUGUUCAUAUGGAUGAAAUUGUGAGAGGAAACGUUCAGGUUGCAAUGGAAAUCUUUGACAAUUUACGUAAACGAGAUGAACUCCAAGGAGUCCUGGAUGAAGUGCAUGAGAUAGAAGGAGAUCGCAGAAGUAUGAAUGAUAAAUCACUUAAGAAACUAUACAAAAAUUAUCCUGUUUGGGCUGCUGCAGAGACGAAUGCAAAACAUGAAACAAUGGAUGAGAAGUUUGACGCAGAUUCACUAGACGAUGAUCUAGAAAGCAUAUCUUCAGUCGACACAGCAUAUGAAGAUCUGGAAAAGGCCAGCAAAGAAAUUUUACUUUUGAAGGAACAGACCAUUGCAAAGCUCCUUGACAUCGAAGAAACAAUUAAAAAAGCCCUGUACUCUGUGUCCAAUCUCAAAUCGGAGGCUGAUAUUGCAGGUCUGUCUGGUCUGUUU